AUGUUCUACUUUGCAACCACCAACACAAUGUUUGUAUCAUUUCGUCUUAACAUCUUGAACACUCAAUCCGAAGAAAACAGCAGCGCUUGCACUUCUGUCUUUCUCUUCUUAGGGACUCACUUGCUUCGUGCUUGGCAGGGAUUCGACUGGAUGGUGUCUUACGGAGCGAUGGCGGAGAAAAUCUCAGAUCGCCCGAGGGCCUUUACUCUUACAGCUUCUAUUGUGUUGCCCAUCUUACUUGUUGUGCACUAUGCUGGAGCUUCACAGUACGGUGAAUUUGACAGGGAGGCCUUGUCUGCCAGGCAAACGUUUGCAAGAGAUUCAGCUGGCAGUCUGGCUCUGAGGCGCAUGCCGUUGAACUUAAACUCGUGUUACACUGCGACAUUUUUGAGAAAGUCGUCUUGCUUCAUUAGACCGCUUCCUGGCCUCUCUGACCACGGUGUGGCAUUGCACCUGAGGGGUGGACGGCGCGAUAAAGAAAAUACUUCUGACAAAGAAUCAAGUCUGUCUGAGUCAAGCACAGAUUCUACUAGCACAGAUUCUACUAGCACAGAUUCUACCAGCACAGAUUCUACCAGCACAGAUUCUACUAGCACAGAUUCUACCAGCACAGAUUCUACUAGCACAGAUUCUACUAGCACAGAUUCUACAAGCACAGAUUCGACCAGCACAGAUUCUACCAGCACAGAUUCUACCAGCACUGAUUCGACCAGCACAGAUUCUACAAGCACAGAUUCUACAAGCACAGAUUCUACCAGCACAGAUUCUACUAGCUCUGUGUCCAGUUCAUCAACGGAAUCGAGCUAUGAAUCUUCAGAUCGUCUUAAUCCUAAUAUGUUUUCAGCUGAGGAAAGCUCAGUGAAGGAAAGACGACAGAGGCGGCAUGCAUUGAGGGAACCAAAACAUCGUCCCGCAAUCACUCAUAACUCUGGCGCUGGAGCCUUGACCACCAGGAGUCAUACCCACCAAGAUGAGGACGAGCAUGAGGGUCAUGACGACGACGAAUACAGCGAUGACCAUCACAAAGACGAGGAGGAAGGAGAAGAACAUUCAUCGGAUGAUGAGUCUGAGUCCGAGGAAGACAGUGAGGAGGACGAAAGCUCUGAGACUGAGGAGAAUAGCUCUGAGGCGGAGGAGGAAAGCUCUGAGUCAGAGGAGGAGGAAAGCUCUGAGUCAGAGGAGGAGGAAAGCUCUGAGGCAGAGGAGGAGGGAAGCUCUGAGGCAGAGGAGGAGGGAAGCUCUGAGGCAGAGGAGGAGGGAAGCUCUGAGGCAGAGGAGGAGGGAAGCUCUGAGUCAGAGGAGGAGGAAAGCUCUGAGGCAGAGGAGGAGGGAAGCUCUGAGGCAGAGGAGGAGGGAAGCUCUGAGGCAGAGGAGGAGGGAAGCUCUGAGGCAGAGGAGGAGGGAAGCUCUGAGGCAGAGGAGGAGGAAAGCUCUGAGUCAGAGGAGGAGGAAAGCUCUGAGGCAGAGGAGGAGGGAAGCUCUGAGGCAGAGGAGGAGGGAAGCUCUGAGGCAGAGGAGGAGGGAAGCUCUGAGGCAGAGGAGGAGGGAAGCUCUGAGGCAGAUUCCGAAGAGCGCAGCGAAUACGACAGUCAAGAUCCAGAUGGAGUGGACGGACGAAGACAGUAA